AUGAGGCAAGUCAAAGGUCGAUGUUAAAUCUUUGCUUUGACCCAUAAUGUUAGUUAAUUCAGGAACAUUUCUGCAAUUAUGAAUCGGGUUUAAUGAGAUAUUUCAUUGAUUUUGUGACCUGUCGGUCUGAGUGAAUAUGUAUUUGUAUAUUUCAUUCCUAGUUGAAGGUUGACUUCGCUCAAUAUGGCGCAACAAUCCUUGUUCCUGGCUCAGCGAUCUCGGACACAAUAGAAACUCGCAUGUCCACCAUUGCCUACGGAACACUUAAAAAUGUCCUUAGGCUUCCGGUAGAUGGACCCAGUAAUAAUCAGAGCGCCGGAGGUAGGCUUCGGAGGAGUGGCACAAGCAUUGUUUCUGUCACUAUUCAUGAUCGUGUAUCUGGUUCCCUGAAUAAACCUAUCAAGCUGGCUUUUAAUCACAAUAACAAGGUAUUGAUUGGUUUGUAUUGUUAGUAAUACCAGUUGCAACAACAACAACGCAUGGGAAACCUACUCCCGUCAGUUUUAUGGGUUAAAAAAUGCUGCUGGACAAUAUAAAUAGAUCUCAGUUCUUAAUCAGGGUAAUCGUCGAUAAAUCGUUUUUAUUCUAUACCUAUCCAAUUGAGCACAGUGAUAGUUGUUGGCAGCUCAGGUCAUCAUUCAAGUUCAUAAAGGUUCCAGGGAAAAUUUUACGACAGUGGUUGCUGAAAUAUAAAUUUUUCCCCAGUAUAGCGUCUCUUGAACAGUAAGUCCUAAAAACCAAGUGAAAAAAGGGUAUUAUUUCAUAGAGGAAAUGAAUCAGCUUGGUGUUGCUUUUUGAGAGUUUAGUAUUACUCUCAUGCAUAAUCUCUUUUUUUUUUUUUUUUUUGCAACGUAUCCUGCUGUCUAAGUUUUAAUCAUAACACUUUCAUUGCAGCGUUCUGAUUUGAUUGGACAGUGCGUUUUCUGGGAGAUCGACCAAUCGCAGAGGACGUGGCUGACGCGUGGAUGUGUUCGCGUUGAUCGUGAGUCAAACCCGCGUGUAACCACGUGCGAGUGUGAUCACUUAACCAUCUUUGCAGUCUUACUGAACAACAAGCCAGUGAGUCUUAUAUAUAGUCUCUUCAGUCCGAUAUUUUGAAAUAGACACUGUUCGAUCAUUGUCUUUAUUUUAUCAGUAGAAUCGUAAACAAGUCGCUUGAUUUACUAUUUGUUACUUUUUUCUAUUUGUCAUUGGUCUCAAGUCGUCAAAAUAAAAUACUCACAACGUAUUUUUUACCUCUAAAUAUAUUACACAACUUCCACUUAUUUAAAUUCUUGUUUCUUUGCAUGUUGCUACUUGUUGCCUAAUUCAUAAAAACUCCCACACAGUUUUUUUCUGGUUUUCAUUUCAGGUAAAAUCUCGUCAUCAGCCGUACUUCAAAUAUAUUUCUACUGUAGGUUGCGCAUGUUCACUUUUCUUUCUGGUGCUCACUUGUGUGACAAUCUUAGCCUGUUGGAAAAAGUUGAGAAGUUUUCGGAUAACAAUGUUACUGCAUUUGUUUGCUGCCAUUUCGGUCUCUUGUCUUCUAAUUAUUAUAGCUGGAAAAGCAGAAAGACCAAAGGUAAAUAUCAAAUGUGUUUCGAUACUCGUUUUUAAAAAAAGUGUGUCUAUACUUCUGUACUUCUGUUCAGUAAUAGAUCAAAUAUGAGAUAAAAAUGAAGUAAGACCAGAAAGGAGGCAAAGGGGCGCACCCGUGUGUCGUGGAUUUUCGUAAUUCAUCUUGAGUUUUCUGUGAUCUAAUACAAAACAGAGCCAUGGCAGCAUGGAAUUGCUCAAUAUAAGGAAGUAGAACAGUCUAAAUUGUGACGUAAUCGGUGCUUCUCUCCUUUAACAGAUCAUAGAAAAGAUCCGAUCAAAAUUCAUGCCUAAUUUUACUUAUCAUAUGAUAUUUUUCAUUUAUUCAUAGAUUUAUUUUACAUUCACAGGAGUUAUGCACAACAACAGCAGCGUUACUCCAUUAUUCCCUCCUGUCUGUAUUUUCCUGGAUGCUGUGUCAUGGUGUCAUAUUAUACUUCGUGAUAUUAAAGGCUGAACGGCAAGAAAUUCUGGCAUUGAAAAAGAAAUGGUUCUACGCUCUAGGAUGGGGUAAGAGCAACAUUCCUUGAACAAGUACAUUUUCAUCCCCACAUGCAUUAGACGUUUUUAAGCACCAAAAUAUAACGCCUCAUUUAAAAGGGUCAGAAAAUUUGGUAGUUGCUUUUGUUAAUACUUAAUUAAUUUCUGGCUGUUCCAGGUGUUCCAGUCCUAAUAGUGGCCAUUUCUCUGACAGUAACUGGAAUCAAGUCUUAUGCAGCAAAUAACUGUUGGCUUACAACAGAACAUUGGCUCAUUUAUUGGGCGUUUGUUGCUCCAGUUGCCAUAAUCCUAUUAGUAAGUAUACUCUUUUAACAAUGGCGCUCCUUUUAUGGUGUAAGAUAUGUUUUAUGCAGACACCGUUAAUAUGUGAGGUAUCGCGCCGGAGGAUUUUUUCCAACAAAUAUCCGAUGAUAUUUUUUGGCUUAAUCAAAACGAUUGUCAUCAUAGUUAAGAAGCUCAGUUGGGGAUGAGAAAAUCUUAGGAAUAAAAGGAAUGGUAAACUACGUGUAUACUUGUAGUACUGAGGGCAAAACACUCGUAAGCAGAGACUAGAAGCAGGAUUUCUAUUUGUUUUUCUUCGUUUUGGUUUUUUUCUAUCUUUUCUUCUUUUAUCAAUCCUCUUGUGAAUUUUUGCCUCUAGAUCAACUCAAUUCUGUUCAUUUUCUUGCUUCGUCGGAUACUCAGAGCGACUAAAACCAAAAACAACAAAACACCUGCCAAGCACGUGAAGGAUUGGUUGAGACGUUUUGCAAUGCUACUGCCAGUUCUGGGUGUCACGUGGUCGUUUGGCUUUCUCACGUUCAUUACAUCAACAGCAGUGUUUCAUUACAUAUUCACCAUAUUGAAUUCGUUCCAAGGACUUUUCAUAUUUGUGAGCUUCUGCAUUCUAGACGAUUCGGUAAGUCUCUAA